AUGAUCUUUUCGGAUAUUGAGUGUAAAGGCGAGGUUCGCAUGAUAGCCGGAUCGACUCUGACCCAAGGAGAUGCAUUUGAGCUCUUCAUCAGCAUUGUUGCGAUUUACAGUCACAUUAGGAAAUUUCAUGAAAAUCCAGAUCUCUACCACCAGCCCUAUGGUGCGGAGAGAUUCACUCAACUCUUGUCUCGAUCCCGACAGGCGGAUGCAGAAUUCAUAGAGCUCACAUCAAAAGCAGCUUGGGGCUGGUUAUUCAUCACAGGAGUGUUAAGCCACCUCAAGGAGAGGAGAAUGAAGUGCAUUUUGGGAGACGAUUUGCUUGAGUUGCAUGCUCUCUUUAAUCCCAACCAAUUUAUCGCAUCGUUUACUUCCCUCGACGCCGCGAAGGACGCCGCCUCCAUUGUCAACUCGCGCUGCGACUUGGGAGAGGCCGUGGCCCUUGUGAUGCAUGAGACUGAGGCUGUUGAGCUCUUACUGGGAGCAUCCCACACGAUGUAA